AUGCGCCCCCGCCUUUCCUUCUUCGGCCGGGGACGCAUUCCCAGCCGCGCCGCGUUCAGCGCCAGCUGUACACAUGAGGGAGGCCGGGGGAGAGGACAGCCUCGGGGAGGGCUCCUGAGCCCGGGCCGCUCGGCAGCCGCGCUUCACCAGGACAGCCCGCACCCGGGACGUGGGGAGACCGGCCUGCUCAGAACCGGGGCGUCAGGGGAACGCCGCGGCCCGCCCCUGAGGGAGGCGGAGGACCUGUGCAGGCUGCGCUGUCUCGCUGCGGUUUUCCUGCUCCGCGUGCCUCUUCCCCAGAGAGCCCGCACCAGAGUCGUGGCUUCCUGCUGGACCGAGGAAAUUCAGACCGCCUUACAGAUGAAAAACUGGUGUGACUAUUUCAUCCUAAGUAAUAUAAAUGUUUUUGAAUUUUGGAAUCUGAAUUUAACUCACCUUUCUGACUUAAGUGAUGAGCUUUUGUUGAAAAAUAUAGCAUUUUACAAUGAAGAAGAAAAUGUUCAAGGUCUACAUUUGAAUUUGGGAAAUGUCAUUACGAAGGAUUAUGAACACCUCUGGGAUACUGUAUCAAAGUUGGCCUGAAAGUUUGAUGUUGGAAAGCCAUUUCCUCUGAGAACAACAAAACUUCCUUUUCUUAAAAAGGCUCCAUCACCGAUCAAAGAUACCUUCAAGGAAAAGAUGCCUAAUUGUUUUAUUCCAAUGUCAUGUCAGGUGGUGGAUAAGUUUGUUGGAGACAUUUUGAAAGAUUUGCCCUUCCUGGUGAGUGACGACCCUGCUGUAACUUCGCUGGUCAGACAGAAGGAAUUUGAUGAACUCGUGCACUGGCAUUCCCACAGACCCCUCAGUGACGACUACGACAGGACAAAGUGUCAGUUCAAUGAAAAAUCUAGAGAUCCUCAUUAUCUCAGAUCUGUGCAAAAGUAUCAUGUUUUUCAGUGAUUUUAUGGGAAGUCACUAGAAUCAGUCUCUUCAAAACUUCUUGUAACUCAAGCCGCCAAGCCCAGGAGGAAUUUCUGUGAACCCAAGGGCAAAAAGGCACAGGAGACCAAGGCUGAAAUAAUCACUAGAGAGGAUAAGAAGAGGUUAUUUGCCAAGGAGGAGCAAAAAGAAGAGAAAAAAUGGGAUGUCCUGUUAUUUUCUAUUGAGGAGGAGAUGCAAGAGAAUUUGAGCUCUGGAAUAAAGAACCUAGAAGACUUUCUGAAAUCAUGUACAAGUAGCUCGGUGAAAUUUCGGGUAGAAAUGGUAGGCUUAAAGGCCUGCUUGAAAGCGUGGAAAGAGCAUUGCCGAGGGAAAGAAGGUGAAACCGCAAAAGAUAUAAGUAUAGCUGUUCAAAUGAUGAAAAGGAUCCACUCUGUGAUGGAAAAGUACCCAGAACUUUUGCAAGAGGCAGACCAACAACUCAUAGCCAGAUGCCUUAGGUAUUUAGGAUUUGAGGAGUUGGCAAGUUCUGUGCAUCCAUCCCAGGUCACAGGAAAUGACAUAAAAGAGAAGAAAAAGAAUAAAUACUCAGUUGGCAUUGGGCCAGUUCGGUUUCAGCUGCAGCACAUGGGCCAGUAUUUGAUACGAGAGGAGAGGAAAGACCCAGACCCCAGGGUUCAGGACUUUAUUCCUGACACUUGGCAGAGGGAGCUCCUGGAUGUCGUGGACAAUAAUGAGUCAGCAGCCAUCGUAGCCCCCACAUCCUCAGGGAAGACCCACGCCUCCUACUACUGCAUGGAGAAGGUGCUGCGAGAGAGCGAUGAGGGGGUGGUUGUGUACGUGGCCCCCACCAAGGCCCUUGUGAACCAAGUGGCAGCCAUGGUUCAGAACUGUUUUAACAAAAAUCUGCCCAGUGGAGAAGCUCUGUGUGGGGUGUUCACAAGGGACUAUCGACAUGACGCCCUCAACUCUCAGGUACUUGUCACUGUGCCUGCCUGCUUUGAAAUCCUGCUGCUGGCUCCUCAUCGCCAGGUGUGGGUGAAGAGGAUCAGAUACGUGAUAUUUGAUGAGGUCCACUGUCUUGGUGGAGAAAUCGGAGCAGAAGUCUGGGAGCAUCUUCUGGUCAUGGUCCGCUGUCCCUUCCUGGCUCUAUCAGCCACCAUAAGCAACCCCCAGCAUCUCACUGAGUGGCUGCAAUCAGUAAAAUGGUACUGGAAACAAGCAGACAGUAUGAUGGCAAAGAACGCUGCCUCUCGGAGAAGCGCUGGUACCCGCACCGGUGUGCACAGAGACUACGCACUACCGAAGCAGUCUUACAAAGUGAGACUUGUGCUCUACGGGGAGAGGUACAAUGAUUUGGAGAAGCACGUAUGUUCGAUGAGAGAUGGUGGGAUUCAGUUCGACCAUUUUCACCCAUGUGCUGCACUGACCAUGGACCACAUUGAAAAGUAUGGAUUCCCUUCUGAUCUUAGCCUGUCACCUCGAGAAAUGAUCCAGCUUUAUGACACCAUGUCUCAGUUCUGGGAAGGCUGGCCCAGGGCUCAGGAGUUGUGUCCAGAGGAAUUCAUUCAUUUUAAGAAUAAAAUAGUCAUCACAAAGAUGGACACUAGGAAAUACGAAGAGAGCCUCAAGGCAGAACUGACUGGCUGGGUGAAGAGCGGCCACGCCUGAGAGGCCAGAACAGUCCUGCGGAAUCUUUGUCCAGUUUUGGUUGUUAGUUCAGAAAACAUGGCAGAUCUGUUUCCACUUCUCGUUGAAAAGCUCAGCCAGAUGAAAAAGUUACCUGCACUAUUUUUUUUAUUUAAUUUAGGGGAUGUUGAGCAAAGGGCAGGAAGUGUGAAAACUUUCCUGGAGCAAAAGCAGCAGAUAAAAAGGCCCCCCAAGGCUGACAAGGAGGCCUAUGAUGUGGCCAAUAAACUUCGAAAAGAAAAAUCCGUGGAGAAACAGAAGACAGUAGAUGAAAAAAGCCAGAAAAAGCCCAGAAAAAUGGAUCAGAGCCUAAUCCAUGAUGCUGAAUAUGAUCAUCUGCUCAGGGUUCUUGAGAAGAACUUGGAGAUUCCUCAGGACUGUACCUAUGCUGACCAGAAGGCAAUAGACACUGAGUCUUUGCAGACGGUGUUUGAACGAGUGAAAUUCACAAGAAAAGGUGCAGAAUUGAAGGCUUUGGCAGGAAGGGGGAUUGGACAUCACCACAGCUCUCUGAAUGCCAAGGAAAAACAGUUAGUGGAGAUUCUUUUUAGGAAAGGAUUUAUUAGGGUGGUGACAGCUACGGGGACACUUGCCUUAGGAAUCAACAUGCCUUGUAAAUCAGUGGUUUUUGCUCAAAACUCAGUCUAUCUGGAUGCUUUAAACUACAGACAGAUGUCUGGAUGUGCUGGGAGACGAGGUCAGGACCUGAUGGGGGAUGUAUACUUCUUUGAUAUUCCAUUGCCCAAAAUAGAGAAACUCAUCAAGUCCAGUGUUCCUGAACUGCGGGGCCAGUUCCCACUCAGCAUGUCCCUGGUCCUGAGACUCAUGCUCCUGGCUUCCAAGGGUGAUGAUCCAGAGGAUGCAGAGGCCAAGGUGCUGUCGGUGCUGAAGCACUCACUGCUCGCCUUCAAACAGCCGCGAGCCCUGGAGAUGCUGAAACUCUACUUCCUGUUUUCACUGCAGUUCCUGGUGAAAGAGGGCUAUGUAGACCGAGAAGGAAACCCCACGGGGUUUGCUGGACUGGUGUCACACUUGCACUAUCACGAGCCUUCCAAUCUUGUUUUCGUCAGUUUUCUGGUAAAGGGCCUUUUCCAUAACCUGUGUCAGCCAACCAGGAGAGGCUCAAAAUGUUUUUCUCAAGAUGUUAUGGAAAGGCUAGUGUUAGUCUUGGCACAUCUGUUUGGAAGAAGAUAUAUUCCAGCAAAGUUCCAAGAGGCAAAUCUCAAGUUUUAUCAAUCAAAGGUGUUCCUGGAGGAUCUCCCCGAGGACUUUAAGGCUGCCCUGGAUGAGUAUAACAUGAACGUCACCAAGGGCUUUGCCUCCUUCCUGCUGGUUGUUUCCAAAUUGGCGGACAUGAAACAGGAACAUCAGCUCCCAUUGUCAAAAAUAGGUAAGUGGGUCUUAGCUCUGCUGUGGAACAAUUUAGAGACUGAAUCAUCUUGCCUUAGACUGUUCAAUCCCAGAUGAAGAGCAGAGCCCUGGAAAGCUCAGUCCACCUGAGAACAAGGGGAUCC